AUGUCUUCUACAAUUCUCACCAACGGCCGUUUCAUGGGCGAUGAUGACUCGCAUAGAGAGUGCAUGAUCGUCGAGGGAUCGAAAAUCGCCUACAUCGGAUCUGCAGACGACAAAACAGUCCAAGACGCAAAGUCACAGGGCGCAAAAAUUCUGGAUCUCCAUAAUCGCGUUGUUCUUCCUGGAUUCAUCGACAGCCAUGUCCAUCUUUUAUUCUUUGGUCUUUCACAGCAAAAACUGGAUCUGGGAGGAUACCUGCCUAAGAUUCUGUGCAGAGGAUGGCUUCAAUCUGCGACGGAUGGGGUUGCUCUUGCGAGUAUGAUUGAUGACAUUGACCCACGACCUAUUUUCAUUGAUUCAAAUGAUCUUCAUUCCGCGUGGUGCAACACUGCUGCUUUGAAGGAGCUUCCGAUCGAUGAGAUGAAGGCAAAGUGCCCGGAGCAUAUAACAUGCGAUGAGGAUGGUAACCCAACUGGACUAUUGGCAGAAUGGGCUGUUACAGCGUUUCUCUGGCCCUUCUUGAUCCAAUCUCUCUCAAUGGACGAUAAACUUGAAGCUUUGGAACGUGCUGUUCAAGCGUACUCCGCAGAGGGAUACACUGGCGUUAUCGACAUGGCGAUGGAUGCAGUAGCUUGGGAAGCUUUACAGACGCUGCGAGAGAGGAAGGGGAUUAAUCUUCACAUCGCAGCUCAUUGGUUCGUUCCAUACGAAGCAGAUGAGAAACUUCUCGAUGAGAAGAUCCAAGAAGCUAUCGACAUGCACAGCAAAUUCCAUCCCUCAAAAUCACCAGAAUUCUGUAUCGUCGGCGUCAAGCUCAUGUGCGAUGGUACAGUCGAUGGCUGCACAGCCGCAUUAUCAUAUCCCUACGGCGAAUCAACCGAUCUGGUGCAACCUCUAUGGCCCGGCGAAGCAAUGAAUCGCGUUCUAUCGCAGAUCACAAAAGCCGGAAUGCAAUGCGCCAUCCACGCUAUAGGCGACGUAGCGGUAUCCCAAGCCAUCUCCGCCAUCGCCAGCACCAACAAUCCCACAGCCCGCCA